CCCGCAGCCCGCGGCCGGGCAUGUAGCGGCGGCGGCGGCGGAAUAUGGGCGGGAACCACUCCCACAGGCCCCCGGUGUUUGACGAGAAUGAGGAAGUCAACUUUGACCAUUUCCAGAUUCUGCGGGCCAUCGGCAAAGGAAGUUUUGGGAAGGUGUGCAUCGUGCAGAAGCGGGACACCAAGAAGAUGUACGCCAUGAAGUACAUGAACAAGCAGCAGUGCAUCGAGCGGGGAGAGGUGCACAAUGUCUUCCGGGAGCUGCAGAUCAUGCAGGGGCUGGAGCACCCCUUCCUGGUCAACCUGUGGUACUCCUUCCAGGACGAGGAGGACAUGUUCAUGGUGGUGGACCUGCUGCUGGGGGGUGACCUGCGCUACCACCUGCAGCAGAGCGUUCAUUUCUCAGAAAGCGCUGUGAAGCUCUACAUCUGCGAGCUGGCUCUGGCCUUGGAGUAUCUGCAGAACUACCGCAUCAUCCACAGGGACAUCAAGCCAGACAACAUUCUGCUGGAUGAGCACGGACACGUCCACAUCACCGACUUCAACAUCGCCACGGUCAUCAAAGGAGCAGAAAAGGCUUCCUCCAUGGCUGGCACCAAGCCCUACAUGGCCCCGGAAGUGUUCCAGGUGUACUUGGACGGAGGCCCUGGGUAUUCUUAUCCCGUUGACUGGUGGUCGCUGGGCGUUACGGCCUACGAGCUGCUGCGGGGCUGGAGGCCAUUCGACAUCCACUCGGCCACACCCAUCGAUGAGGUCUUGCACAUGUUCAAGGUGGAGCGGGUGCACUACUCGUCCACGUGGUGCAAGGGCAUGGUGGCCCUGCUCAAGAAGCUGUUGACUAAGGACCCCGAGAGCCGCCUGUCCAGCCUCAGGGACCUCCAGAACUCGCCAUACCUGGCCGAUGUGAACUGGGACGCAGUGUUGGAGAAGGCUCUGAUGCCCGGCUUUGUGCCCAAUAAAGGGAGACUGAACUGUGACCCCACGUUCGAGCUGGAAGAGAUGAUCCUGGAGUCCAGGCCACUUCACAAGAAGAAGAAAAGGCUGGCCAAGCAGAGAUCCAAGGACAGUGCCAAGGACAACUGUCCCCUGAAUGGACACCUGCAGCAGUGUCUGGAGACCGUGCGCAAGGAAUUCAUCAUAUUCAACAGAGAGACGCUCAGGAGGCAGCAAGGGCAGGACGGCCAGCUCCUGGACACAGAAGGCUGCUUGGGGAGCCAGGCCCCAGGCAAGCUCCAGGACAGGUGCAACAACCACAUCCUUGCUCAUGCUUGUCCCCGCAGCUGCAGCAGCUAA